AUGCAGUUGGAAGCCAAGGCGGUUCCUGAAUUCAAAGAGGAGGACAACGUGCUUCAUCUUCUAGGAACAGAAUGCAUUUUGCCAGAGGUGUUUGCAGAUUUCUGGCGGAAGGGAACACUGUGCGAUGUGGAGAUCCGCGUUGCCGACAGCUCGUUUAGAGCUCACCGCGUGGUUCUUGCAGCUUCCUCCGAUUACAUGCGCGCCCGUUUUUGCAUUGGGAUGGCUGACAGCCAUGAGCAGUCCAUCGAUCUUCCAGAGAUGCCAGCGGCCGCAUUUGAAGCAGUGCUUGACCACAUGUACACAGGAAAGUGCUGCAUCCACACAGAGAUGCUUGUGCCGUUGCUUGAGGCUGCCUCGCGGCUUCAAUACCUGCGGCUUCUAGAAGUCGCAUCUCGAGCAGCGGAGGAGACACUUUCGCCUAGUAACGGCCUGCGGAUAUGGGAAGUGGCAGACCAACUCGCUUUGACGAAGCUGUUGAGCGCUUCCAAGUUUAUGUGUAUGGGAAACUUCGAAGAUAUCGCGAUGAGCAGCGAGUUCCUGUUCCUGAGCGCCGAGCGGUUGCUGCUUCUCCUCGGGGAGGAUGAGCUGCACAUCGACCGUGAGGAGGUGGUGUUCGAAGCGCUGCGCAGAUGGCGCCUGGCACAGGAUGUAGUGGCGCCUGAGACCUGGACGGCAUUGCUCUCCAAAGUGAGAUUUCCGAUUAUGCCAAGGGGCUAUGUACUCCAAGUGCGCAACGACCCCUUGAUGCAGACACCGGAAGCCACAAAGGCAUUGCUAGAUGCCAUGCAGGAUGGCAAUUACCGGCUAGACACAUCCCAGAAUCGACCACGGCGCCGCUUGAAGUUUGACAGCUCGCGGGUGGUGGGUAACUCCAUCGAGUUCCUAUCGAAUGGAGCGGAAGUGCGCAGCCUGCGAGAUGCGAGAUCCUUCGCGGUGGCUUCGCAGCCCCUGUCCGCAGAGAACGGCACUUUCUACGCAUGCCUGACUUGGUAUACCGGCAGCAUUGUGUACAUCGGCGUGGCAACCUCGCCAGAUUCGCUGAACAGCUGGCAGGCCUGGGUGUGGAACCCUUCACAUCCCCAAUUCUGCCGCCAUCGCGGGGGCAACAUGGAAAGGAGCACAAACUUUGGCUCGGAAAAAGUCGCCCAAGGUGAUGUGAUUGGCGUCCUUCGACAGGGCCAAAACCUUAUCUUCAUCCACAAUGGUGAACUCGUACACAGAAGCAAAGAGAGCUCCUCACAUGUGAUGGCGUCGGAUUUAGAAGACGAAGUGUUUCCUUGCUUGGGCUUUUGGGCCUCCAAUGUGCAGUGGGAGGUUACCACCUUCACUGCAUCAGUGUCUGCCUGCGCCCAUUCCUUGCAGAAAAAUGUGGCCACAACGCUGCUGGCGGAGAUGCAGCGCAAGGCUCUGCGCCCCAAUGCGGUGAUCUAUGCAGUCUAUGCUGAGCUCAGCGGGCCCGACUUUUUCGGCUGCUUAGCAGACGAGGCCACCAACAGCCUGAAGGGCACGUGGAAAGGUGCGGAUGCAGAUGCCAGUGGCUUGCUCAGCUUCACGGAGAUGUCGAUGGUCCUGCGGGAGGGCAACCCGGACCUGACUGACAAAGAGUUGGCGGUCUUGUUCCGAGAGAUCGAUACCAACGGCGACCUCACAGUCGACUUCAAGGAGUUUGCCAGAUACCUAAACUCGGGCAGCGACAAGAGCAAGCUGCAGAAGGCGAAGUCGAAGGAACAGCUAACCGCGGAGAGGUGCAAAGAGGAGUUCCGACGCGCGGACGAGAAUAGCGAUGGGAAGCUGAGCCGCGAGGAGAUUGCCACGCUCCUGCGCAAAGGGAACCCGGACAUGGGUGAGCAGGAGCUACAACUCCUCUUCAAAUCCCUGGAUCAGGAUGGGAGUGGUCAACUGGAUUUCAAUGAGUUUGUGGACUAUAUCACAGGCUCAAGGCCUGAGCCCGUGGAGGAGGCGAUCCCUACGCCUUGGGCAGGCAUGCCCGUGCCGCAGGCGUUCGUGGAAAGAACUUCCAUCGAGAAGGCCGAAUGGAGAGGCAUCUUCCGAAGCCAGUUGGAUGACUUGAUCGUGUUUAUCAAAGAGGUCUUGGACAAGGCUCCGGUCCAAGGUGGAGAACGGCUGAGCUGGGGAAUGGUAGAUAUGUACCGGGCGACAGAGAUGUUUGUCAAGCCGCUGACCCGGAGCUUCCGCUGCUCCUUCGCCGAGCUUGUGGCGACAGAGCCGCAGGAGGGAGACCUUUGGGAUGGGCCUUCGAGCCUUAGGGCCAUGGAUCCUGGUGAGGUGCCCAAGUGGUUUGUGAGCCACUGGUGGGGCACUCCUUUGAUGCAGACCGCUGCCAUGCUGAAAUACCACGGAGACCAACGCCAGGCCAAGAAACCGGCAGCGAUGUGGCUGGACGCCUUCGCGCUGUGCCUGCACGACCCAGAGCAGCUCUUCCCAGUGCCUAGCGUGAUGGAAGCAGCACCAUUUUUGAAGGUGCUGAUCAGCCCCAAGUGCAUCGGCACCGUUUUCUUAAUGGACGGGACCGGCGUGGCAACAGGGCGAAGCUGGUGUUUGCUGGAGCUUGCACUGAGCCUGGACAUGAGCAAGGACAAAAGCACAACGCAUUUUGUGGACAUAGUGGCUUGGAAUGCGCAGCUGAAGAAGGCGGCUCUUUUGGCUGAUAGUGGCAACGGAGAUUCCGCAGAAGUAUUGGAUGAGGGCGGUGCUGCCUUCCCCUUGGACCUCUACAUCGGGGGCUACAAGGUGGCAGCUCACAAAGCGGAAAGCAGAUUGGACAUAGACAGGAAGCGCAUCUUGCAUUUCUUUGCGAGCACUCCGGAAGAUCGCUGGGAUAAAGUGCUGCCUCCAAACGACAGCAAGGCGUAUGCCGCUGUAAACGCACGACUGCAGCACAGGUUCAUUGCUGGCGCGUUUGCGGCCGCUGCAAUCAAAGAUGAUGACAAAAUGUUGAAGAAGAUGGCAUCGGAGCAUCCCAGCUUCAAGGAGAGCUGCACGGCGUACGGCUUCCAUCCACUCCACGUGGCGGCAAUGAAGGGCUCUCAUGAAGCCCUGAAGGUCCUGGUUGACCUCAACUGCGAAGUGGACGCAACAGCAAGCGAUGGCCGUACGCCGCUGUUUCUGGCUGCUCGGGAGGGCCAUGACACAACGGUCACACAAUUGCUGAAGGCCAAGGCGGAUGUGAACAAAGCCAUUGGCAGUAAGUCUGCCUUGCAUGCCAGCAUAGAAGGUGGCCACAUCACCAUAUCUGGUAACUUGCUGGAUCACAAGGCCAACCCGGACUCGGGCACGGGUGAGACCCCGCUGCAGCUCGCCGCGCGACACGACCAGGCUGCAAUGUGUGGCUUGCUCCUGGAUUUCAAGGCAGACCCCUUGAAGGAGUCUCCUGAUGGGCGCAAGCCUUUUGAGUUGGUCCGCAAGAGCGAGAAGCUUGCUGACACCUUGAAGCAGGCAGCCUUGCAGGCCCACGCGGGGCAAAUGCACAAGCGGAGGCCCAGCGUUCACGAAGCACGCAUGGUUCGUGAUCUGUCCCAAUUCUGCAGCAAAGAGGUGAAAGAUUCCAGGACACGUGCAACAAUACAACAAAGCAGCGAGCAUCGCCUCACUUCCCAGCAUGGCACCCAGACCAAGCAUGGGAGCAUGGCAAGGAGGAAGUGAUGCGGCGUCCGCAGCAUUCGUUUCGUUUCUGACACCGUUUGAAUUCAUGGGUUCAGGGUUGAGCUCCUCGGUUAAACCGAAGCGGUCUCGGGCUGCCCUUUCAAGCGGCAGCUUUCCGUGCCUCACCGACAUUAACCCAGCUGUUUCACCGCACGACAAAGAUCCGGUGCG